GCCACAGCGGCUGCAGAAAAAGCCGCUGUCGCGGCCGCUAAUGCUGCAGCUGAAGUGGUGAGGCUUACUAGUUUCCCAUGUCAAGUCGAAAGGAUGAAUCAGCACUUAGCAGCUGUCAGAAUUCAAACUGCUUUUCGGGGAUAUCUUGCAAGGAAAGCACUAAGUGCAAUUAAAGGUAUCGUGAAGCUUCAGGCAGUGGCUCGUGGCGAGCUCGUGAGGAGGAGUGUCAUCAAGAAACUAGCAUCCCUUUCUUUGUUCUCAAAAGAACAUCAUCAGUUAGUACAUAGAAGGAGAAUUCGGACUCUGCUCGAUUAUUUUACUUAUGGUGAAAACAGACAGAACCAAAAGGAAGGGCUGAAAUCUGAAGAACUAAAGCUUCACUCCAACGCCGACAGGAGUUGGGAUUUGAGCUUGGUUUCAAAGGAAGCCUUGUAUCUAAGAAAGCAGGAAGCGAUUGCUAGACGGGAGCGGAUGAAGCAGUAUUCGUUCUCAUAUCGGGAGAGACGAAACGAGCAAUUCCUACAAGAAUCAAUGACCCUGAAAGAAAGCAGAAGGAGCAGCCGGUUUGACCGAUACACAGAACUAGAGGCAGAAAAACAUGAAGAAACAGAGAGGUUGAAGUCUUUACCUCAUUCAAAUACUAUAUCAGUUGACACAAGCAGGCUGGGACAACUGAGGCUGAGAGGUGCACGUAAACAGGAAACAAUAGAGGAUUUAAGCUCGCCAUUUUCACUACCGAGGAGAUCGUUUUGUCACGUGAAACAGAAAUCAAUAGGAGACGACGGAUCCCUACCCGACUCACCGGUUUUCCCAGCAUACAUGGCUGCCACAGAAUCUGCUAAGGCCAAGUCGAGGUCGAUGAGCACGCCAAGGCAACGGCUGAGGAUAUGUGAAACGUUGUCGGGUCAUCAUUCUCCUUGCAAACUCAGCCUUUCUUCAUGCAGAUCAUUCAAUAUGAGAUAAACCAAAAAACGUACUACUUACAGUUCCGAACUAAGGAUGAUGUACUUUCUUUCUUGUAAAUAUCUGCAUGUGACUGAAAUUUUCAAUCUGGUUUGUGCCUGUUAAGAUUUAGACUGUGUCUGUGCCUUAUGGGAUUGCCUCAGUUGUUUGCUUCUUUCUUUUGUCAUAAGUUGAAGGACUCCCUUCUUUGCUUUUCUCCUUUCUUCUGUAUUUUUAAUUAUUAAUUGUUUGGAGUUAGGAGUA